AUGACAUCGUGUUCGAAAUGCAAUUCGACAGUUUCGCGAAAUGAGGUCAGUAUUCAAUGUAAUAUGUGUAAACAUAUAUUACAUAUGAAAUGCUCUAACAUGAAUGCGGAAUCUUUGGACUUUAUGAAAUCAAAAGGGGUGGCAUUCAAUUAUGAAGACUGCACAAAAAAGCUUAAACAAGACAGAGGAGAAAGUACACCCAUCAAAAGUAUACCACAAACAAAAGGUGAAACAAAUAACUAUAUGAACAGUGAUUUAGACACCAGAGCUAUAACCACUAGAUUAGAUGAACUUAUUAAAAACCAGAAAUCUAGAAAUAAAAAUCAACAUAUUAGAACACAACGAAAGAGCGUGUCUAGUAGAAAUAAAUGGUGUAAAAAAGGAAAAUAA